AUGAAACCACAACCAGAUUAUUUUGACCAGGACGCCGAGAGUACAUUCAAGAACUUGAGUGAAGAAUACGCAAAGGCCCAAUGUAGUAUAAAAGAAUUAGACAUGAGAAAUAAAAAGUUAACAGAAGAGCUGAGGAAAGAAAAAUCACAUGUAGACAAAUUGAAAGAAGAAUUAAAACGGAGGGAAGGUACCAAGAAAGACACAGGAAAAAAUGAGGCACUCACAAGAUUCAAUGAAAUAGCGGGUAGACGGCUAUUGGACAACGAUGCAUCCAUUGCAGACCUCAGCACAGAGAUUCGACCAUCCAAAAUCGGCGAGAACUUCAAGAUACUGUAUGAUAACGAAUGGACUGAAGCAUUCGAAGAGCUAACAGAACAAGGAAAGACAGAAGAGGAGUGCAUCAAAACCCUUCUACAUAUAGUACAGGAUACAUUUACUUUUGCAAUGGAAAAAGCCAAAAGUUUUGAAUCCAAAUUGAUAUCGAUCGUCACAUCUUUUCCAGCGAAUGCAAAUAGCUCCAAUAAAAACACUACCAAAGACGAGGAGGAAUUAAUCAAGCAACUCAAAAGAGUUUCCGCUGCCAGAACUUGUACUGCUGUACAAGAUGUGUAUGUUAGGAAAUUUAAAAUAAAGGGAAAAAUAGGCGAGAGAUUAAAGCUGUAUGCUAGGAAAUGCAUGGAACUGUGUUGGUAUAUGGCCGUUCAAUCUCCGCCUAUGGUUAUUAUUAGUGCUGUGCAAUGUAAAGGACCUUUUGAUGAGAAAUAUUACUCACGAUACACAGCCACCGGAGAUUUGAUUGAUUAUGUGGUUUGGCCAUGUACGCUUCUGCAUGAAAAUGGUCCUGUUUUGGCAAAAGGGGUCGCUCAAGCAACUAAAGACAACAGAGAAGCCUUUAAAAGAAAACAGGCACCUGCGGCACCUAAACAAAAUAGUGAUGAACGAUGGUCCUCUACAAAACAAGGUGCUGUUGGUCAAGAAGGAAUAAGUAAUCAAAAUACAAGAUACCAAAAGAAAGACGAAAAAAAAUAAAAAGAAGCAAAAUUUUCAUAAUAAAACUGAAGGUGGCCGAUUUGUGCAAAGUGAUGGUUCAACUAAAACUCAGAUGAGAAGUAAAAGCGUCUACGUGAAACCAGGAACUAAGGAUGAAUCAUCCGUUGACGGACUAGCACGAAGUCAUUCCGUAAAAACCGAAACCUCCCCAGAUAACAAAGGGAAACAUGUGACCACAAUUAAAUUAUGAAA